CAUGGUGAAAUGACUUGCGGUUGAAGGUUGAGAGCUCUCUUCUGUCUGCUCGAUGCUGAAGGACAUUUCAUUGAAUUCGAGGUUUUGCCACGGCGUUUCGGAGUUUGUCAGAUAUGAGUGGGAGGUGGCAUAUGUAUGUGGCACCUUUCACUGAUUUUUCUGCAUCUCCGAUCCGCGGCCUUGGUCCAUGUCGGAUACACCUCUCAACCAUGGAUGAGUCCAAUGGAGGUCCGUCAAAGAGGCGGCAGGAUGGGCCGCGUCUGGCUUAUCUUGGUCCCGAAGGGACCUACGGCCACCAGGCUGCUAUGGCGUUCUCUGCAUCCAUGUUGAAGGCAGCACGCCUCGUCCCCUGCGAGACUAUCUACGAUGUGUGGACCUCCGACGCCGAGUACAUUGUCAUGCCGUUGGAGAACACCAUCCACGGAGGUGUCAGAGAGACCUUGAAUUGUAUUGCAUCAUGGUAUGGCCCUGUUCGCCCGUCCAUGACCCGCCCGCCUGGACCUCAAGUCAUGGCUGAUCUCGACCUACCCGUGGACCACUCAUUGAUCGUCAAAGCGGGGAUCUCUCUGCAAGACAUCAAAUGGGUCAAGAGUCACGAACAGGCACUCGGACAAUGCGCUCGAUUCCUGGAUCAACACCUGCCUAACGCAAAACGCAUACCAGUGUCGUCCACCGCAGGAGCCGCUGCGUCCCUGCUUGACUCGCAGGAACAGGAUUCCGAAAUUACUGGACCUGGCGCGGCCAUCGGCUCAAAGUCCAUCCUGGAGACGCUCCCUGGCCUCGAGAUCCUGCAUGAGUCCAUACAGGCCGUCAAAAACAACUUUACCCGAUUCCUGCUCUUCACUCGACAGUCAUACCCCAUCCGCCCUGUGAGCAGCAUACACACACUGUGGGUUGUUUUGCCGGACUCGGCCCUACCAGAUUUGAUGGCUUCAAUGCCUUCAAUGACACUGAAAACCCUCCUGGUCGUUCCCAUGACGGACGUUGCGGAGAAAUCUGGCUCAAAGUACCCGAGGCUGUGUGUUGUGGAAUUGAGUAGCGAUACCGCGGUGUCUCUUCCAACCUUUACUGGAUCUCCCUUAGUGAUACUCGGACAGUCAGGGUUUGGCGCGGGAAUAGAUUAUAGACAAUGUAGCCAGUAAAGUAUCUCUCACACGAGGCAACGAUGAACAGAGAUGACGCACAUGCCAGCGGCUC